GAUAUAGUGAAUGCAGGGUCCGGGGAGACCAGUUUAUAGUGAAUGCAGGGUCCGGGGAGACCAGUUAUAGUGAAUGCAGGGUCCGGGGGAGUGAAUGCAGGGUCCGGGGAGACCGGUAUAGUGAAUGCAGGGUCCGGGGAGACCAGUUAUAGUGAAUGCAGGGUCCGGGGAGACCAGUUAUAGUGAAUGCAGGGGUCCGGGGAGACCAGAUAUAGUGAAUGCAGGAUCCUGGGUUUACUGGACUGUAUAGUUUCUGGCAGGCUGU